AUGGGUGAUAUGACGGAAUCGUCCAAUCCUCAGGCGCCGGCGCGGCAGGCCCCGAUCCGCGAGGACUGCUGGACGGAGGAAGCGACGUCGACCCUCGUCGACGCCUGGGGUCGGCGGUACCUGGACCUCAAUCGCGGGAAUCUCAGGCAGAAGGACUGGCAGGAGGUCGCCGACGCCGUCAACGCCCUCCACGGCCACACGAAGAAGACCCGCCGGACUGACGUCCAGUGCAAGAACCGGAUCGACACCCUGAAGAAGAAGUAUAAGGUCGAGAGGGCCAGGAUCUCCGAUUCCGGCGGGAAGGCGGCGUCGUCUUGGCCGUUCUACUCUCGUAUGGAGCUCCUCGUCGGAUCUAGUCCCAAAAAGGGGAAGACGAGCACGCCAGCGGUGCCGCUGGCGCCUCCUUUGUUCGCCGUCCCGUUGGCCUACCGCAGGCCGCUUUCGCCGGCGACGACGACGCCGACGGUUCUUCCUCAGAAGCGACCGGGUCCGCCGGCGGCGGCGUUGGACGGGGCGUCUUAUUUCAGGAAGAUUUACUCGGCAAUGGCCGCUGCAGCGGCUGCCGCCGAGGAUGACGGAGGGUUUGAGAGGGAUGAGGUGGAGGAGAGCGAGGAUAUGGCUGAUGAGGAAGAUGGAGUUGGAGUUGAUGAUGGGUUGAGGAGGCUGGCUAAGGCUAUAGAGUCUUUUGGAGAGAUUUACGAGAAGGUUGAGAGUAUGAAACAGAGACAGAUGGUGGAGUUGGAAAAACAGAGGAUGCAGUUUACUAAGGAUUUGGAGGUUCAAAGGAUGCAGUUGUUCAUGGAUACUCAGGUCCAGCUGGAGAAGGUCAAGCGGGCCAAACGGAACGGAUCAUCUGAUGGUAUUUAUAGCUAG